CUCAUUCGUUUCUGACGAUCCAAACUCAACAUAAUAGAAAAUGUCUGGCCGCGGUAAGGGAGGUAAAGGACUCGGUAAAGGAGGCGCCAAGCGUCACCGUAAAGUGCUCCGUGAUAACAUCCAGGGCAUCACCAAGCCCGCUAUCCGCCGUCUGGCUCGCCGCGGUGGAGUGAAGCGUAUCUCCGGUCUGAUCUACGAGGAGACCCGCGGUGUGUUGAAGGUCUUCCUGGAGAACGUCAUCCGUGAUGCCGUCACCUACACCGAGCACGCCAAGAGGAAGACUGUGACCGCCAUGGAUGUGGUGUACGCUCUCAAGAGGCAGGGCCGCACCCUGUACGGCUUCGGAGGUUAAACACAUCCCGUCUGCUCCUGAACAUCAAAGGCCCUUUUCAGGGCCGCCCAAAUACUCUAGAAAGGGGCGACUUCCACAUUUAUCCUUGAAAGUGUUGGUCUACCUUAGUCGAGUAACAAGAAAUUAAUCUAGUGAGGGAUUUAAACAGGAUUGUUUUCCAGGUGGACCUAUCCAUGAAAACAUGUUAGGCUUUUAAUGCGCUGAUUUCUGUUGUACUGCUGACUACCACACAUGACAGAGAGCUUCGACUGGUGUUACUUCAAUUCAAUCCUCUUCCCACCUUCUGUACGGCUUCAGAGGUUAAACACACUGCUGCUACAACCACGAAGGCUCUUUUAAGAUCCACACGCUUUAUAUAUGGAGAAAUUUCCCGUCAUUGUGUAUUUAUUAUUGGACUCUAAAUUGGAUAGUGGUGGGCAAUACUACUAAAUAUGGAAUCAAUCCCAUGCUCAAUAGAGGGCCAGUUUGGUUGAUACUUAUACUU